CAUUUACGGUUCACAAUUUUUAAAUAAUAAUGUCGGAUAUUGAAUAUAUUUCUACACAGCGAAAAGGGGAGUGCCUUAUUUUUAAUAACUAUUAUUUUAGAAUUGAUAAAAAAAUAAAAAAUAAAAAAUAUUGGAAGUGUAUUGAAAACUGUGGAACUCGUGUAAUAAUUAUUUCAGAUGAAUUCACUGUACAUUCCGAUAAGUUGUGUAAUCAUAACCACAGUCCUCGUCCAGUUAAAAUUGAAGAAAAACGUUUUAAGGCCAAACUUCGUUUGAGGGCAAAAGAAAACCCUCUUGAACCAAUUCCGAAGAUUUAUAAAGAAGUUCGAACUUCAUUUUUAAGACAAAAAGGAGAUUGUGUAACCCAAAAUGAAAGAGAAGAAGCAGUAGCAACAUAUCAAUCAGUAAAAUCAAGUAUUCAUCGAAAUAAACGUAAGGAAGUGCCUCCACAACCUGAAAAUAGAAAAGACCUGCAUAUACCAGGUUUAUGGCGUCAAACAUUAGAUGGAAGAAAUUUUAUUUUAUGUGACGAUGAUGCCAGGGAUACAGACCUAAUGAAUGAACGGAUUGGUCUGUUUGUGGUAUCAAUAGAUCGGGCAUGA